CACGGCUUCUCUCAGAUGAUGUACGACGUCGAGGAAGGCGACCGAGCAGAUAUUACCUUCGAGAAGAACGUGAAGGGAACAUCGACCUUUAGCAACCUCGACCUCCUACUUUUGGGAUACAUCACUUCAAAGAGCCACUCUGCAGAAAAGUGUGACUAUGUGGACAUUGGGAAAGUAAAAACCCUUGGAGAAGGCCCAACAACAUUCUCUAUGGUGACCCUCAAUGAUGAUAUCGCCCUGGAGUACAGCGAUCAAGUCGUUCUUAAGUUCAGUGCAGUCCACAAAAGCACGUUCAUAGAAGAAUGAAAGCUAUGGAGUAGUCCUGCGAAAUAUGUCCUACGUGAACAUUCUUGAUAAUGACGGUAACUGAGUUUCCCUAAUGCCAACAUUGCGCUAUAGAGGCACUCAUAAUGCUGGUGUUUCAUUUGCAGAUCUUGAGAUCCACUUCGAUCACAUGCGUUACGAAGUGACGGAGGGUGACGGGAAUAAAGACGUCAUAUUUUACCAUCGGACUACAGAGGAAGAUUUCACUCUAACUGUGACACCAGUCGAGGCAUCAGAAGUCAUGCAUAUGGGCGGUAGAAUGG